AUGUCAAAUUUACUUACAGCUAAUAUUGAAAGUGGUCUUAUGAGAAGUACUGCACUUGGUUAUCAUCGUGAUCCACAAACUCGUGCAGCUUUUAUGGAAGUUUUAACAAAAAUUCUUCAACCAGGAACUGAAUUUGAUACAUUAGCUGAAACUGUUCUUGCUGAUCAUUUUUUUGUUUUCAUUUACUAUAUUUCACGUAGGGAUGCACCAGUGCCAGUUCACGACUGGAGGAUACCCAGUGGCACGGGGUAG